UAGAAGGUUUGUGAGGCCCUCUUUUCGUCUUCCCACAGAUAACUCAAUCCUCUGCCUCUGCUCUGCCCCCAAUUCUCUCUCUCUCUCUCUCUCUGCAAUUCAAUUCAAUUUUUGCCAUUUCAAGCCAAACCCACCAUGGCAAUUUCAGCCGCCGCGGCCACAACGCCUUCUUCACGGCUCAUAUACCCACCCGCCGCCGCCGCCGCCGCCUCUGCCACUUCACUCCCAACCACCACUUCUACUGCUUCUUUGGUUAGAGCUAGAGAAUCCACUAGAUUAGUACUGUCCUCCACUUCUUUCAUCGCCAAUCCUUUGUUUCUGAGCCCGUCUUCCACCGCCCCAGCGAGGGGCCGCCGGGCGCUCACCGUCCGGGCAGCAAGGGGGAAGUUCGAGCGGAAGAAGCCCCACGUCAACAUCGGCACCAUAGGCCACGUGGACCACGGAAAAACCACGCUCACGGCGGCGCUGACCAUGGCGCUCGCCGCCUUGGGCAAUAGUGCGCCGAAGAAGUACGACGAGAUCGACGCCGCGCCGGAGGAGCGGGCCCGUGGAAUCACCAUCAACACCGCCACUGUCGAGUACGAGACCGAGAACCGGCACUACGCCCACGUGGACUGCCCCGGCCACGCCGACUACGUCAAGAACAUGAUCACCGGCGCUGCCCAGAUGGACGGCGCCAUUCUCGUCGUCUCCGGCGCCGACGGGCCCAUGCCCCAGACCAAGGAGCACAUCCUCCUCGCCAAACAGGUGGGUGUUCCUAAUAUGGUCGUUUUCCUCAACAAACAAGACCAAGUGGAUGAUGAAGAGUUGCUUCAGUUGGUAGAAUUGGAGGUUCGUGAGCUUCUAUCGUCUUAUGAAUUCCCUGGUGAUGAUGUGCCAAUUGUUUCUGGUUCUGCCCUUUUAGCUUUAGAGGCUUUAAUGGCCAAUCCCAGCAUCAAAAGGGGUGACAACCAAUGGGUUGAUAAGAUUUAUGAAUUGAUGGAUUCUGUUGAUAGCUACAUCCCAAUUCCCCAAAGGCAAACUGAUCUGCCAUUCCUUAUGGCUAUCGAGGAUGUCUUUUCGAUCACCGGCCGUGGGACAGUCGCCACCGGCCGUGUGGAGAGGGGUAUGAUUAAGGUUGGAGAUACAGUUGAUUUAGUGGGCUUGAAGGAUACUAGGAGCACUAUUGUGACUGGGGUUGAGAUGUUUCAAAAGACUCUUGAUGAGGCUAUGGCUGGGGAUAAUGUGGGUCUGUUGUUGAGAGGUAUUCAGAAGAUUGAUAUCCAAAGAGGGAUGGUUUUGGCGAAGCCAGGGACUAUUACACCCCACAUAAAGUUUGAGGCUAUUGUUUAUGUGUUGAAGAAGGAAGAGGGUGGAAGGCAUUCACCAUUUUUUGCAGGUUAUAGGCCACAAUUCUACAUGAGGACCACUGAUGUGACCGGGAGGGUGGCAACGAUCAUGAAUGACAAGGAUGAAGAGUCUAAGAUGGUUAUGCCCGGUGACCGUGUCAAGAUGGUGGUGGAGCUUAUAAUGCCAGUGGCCUGUGAGCAGGGGAUGAGGUUUGCUAUCAGAGAAGGAGGGAAGACUGUUGGAGCUGGAGUUAUCCAAUCCAUUAUUGAGUAAUGAGCCUAGUUGAGGUUCUUAAUCCUAAAAAAGUUGCAUGGUUUCGAAGUUUAUAUGCUUUUUUUUUGUGAAAUUUCUUUUGCUCAUCCAAGCAUCAGCCAGAAUCCAAAUGUCAUACAUGCUGCAACUUUUUGUUACUUGCUGUGCCUUAGCCUGUUAGUUUAGUUGGACAAUAUUUUUAUGAUCAUUUAAUGUGAUUUACCUUCUCUCUCUUUGUUCCA